GAAUUGGGAAUGGGAGUUUUACAAAAAAAGCUCUUUCGUUUAAGCAAAUCAAAGCCAUAAAAUUAUGGCACAAUAGUUUCUACCAAACAAAAAAAAAAAAUCAAUCAAAAGUAAUAGAAACUAUACAGAAUAUAAAGAUGAGUUGCAAGUUCUUGAUCUGCAAUGAAUGAUAGCACAAGAAAUUCCAGCCAAAAUGAAGGACUUUUUUCAAUCAGUUACUUAUGAAGCAAGGAAAGCAGAAGUUGGGAUUUGAGAACUAUGGCCACCUUUCUUGCAAGAAAGCUGCAGAGAACUGCAAUGUAACUAAAGAUGCAUAAUGAGAACUUUAGAGAGCAAAACAAUCUGUGCUGAAAUGAGAGACUGUAGUGUAGGGUGCAAAGUAGGGUAGGUUGCCAGUUGCUAGACCUUGACUCUUGUAAAAACAAAGAAAGCAGAAGACUUGCAGUCAUUCUGUCAAUGAUAGCCAGUUCAAAAAUGGUUUCUAAUUGGCUCAUGGAAUUCAGAGCAGAUGAUUGUGCUCACUAUAGGGAGGGGGUGUGUCCAUGUCUGCAAGAAUGGUCCCCAGGUUUCAAACACUAAGGAAUUUCAGAUGGAACACCAGCUCACUAAACAAUGCUUAAAAUCUUUGCAACCCACCACCACUACUUCUCCUUCCUCUUGUUCAGCCAACUCUCAUAGUCUAAUAAGCACGCCGAGGGCCCACGGUAUCGGACUUCAUGUGAAUCAAGGGGCCAGAGAUGGAGCCGGACCCCUAUCAGUUCUUGCAUAACACGGACCCGGGCCGGCCUCCGGGAAUCACUCUUCGACCGUGACUGUUGAGCACCACUUUCCUUCACCAUCACAAAAGCCACCACCAUCUUAGGUGUAGAAUCUAGGUGGCGGAUCACAUCAUCUUGCCCGGGGGCCAAUCAGGCCUGCCUUCCGAUCAUCGCUUUGGUCGCAGUGUGUGAUCAUGACCAAAUAAACAAUCUAGAAUGUUUAAGCUCAUGCUGAUGAGGUGCAAAAGUUGAUGUUGAUGCACUAGUAUGGGAAGCUUUAGCAUGUGGAACUCCUAUACCUUAUACUCUUCUACUUUCCCUCCUUUUUUUUUCCCCCUUAACUGACACAACCAACUCACUGUUUCUUCAAAACUAUGCCCACAAAGCCAAAGAACCAAUGAAAAAUCUCUAUGACCAGCUCCCAUUAUCCGAGUAGCCAGUCCUCUCACGGAUUCUACUCAUCAAUCAACACAGAUUGGUUGACCAUGCCACUACUACCACUCUUUAAAUCUCCCUCCUCUCCUUCUGGCCCUGCUUCAAACCUUGCAAGACUAUCUCCUCCGUUUCCUCUUCCUCUUCCUCUUCUUCAUCUUUACUAUAUCAAAACCAUCUUAAUUCUCUGCUCCCUUGACACAUAUAAUAAUAAAAAUUGAAAGCAUCAAAGAUGCAUCCCUUCAGAACAAACACCAUCAGGUUCUUCAAGCUUUUGAUGAUCUUGUUCACAAGCAGGAUCACCAUGCACACCUCGGACUCUGACGUCUCUUCCUCUCUGAGCACGCUGAGCCUUGAAGGGCAGUUCAGCUUUCAUGAUAUGUCACAUGCUGCCAAGGACUUCGGCAACCGAUUCCAGCUCCUGCCAUCUGCUGUGCUUCAGCCGAAGUCGGUUUCCGACAUCUCGACCACAAUCAAGCAUGUUUAUCAGAUGGGUGCACGAUCACAGCUCACUGUCGCUGCUCAAGGUCACAGGCAUUCACUGCAAGGCCAGGCUCAAGCCCCUGGUGGCGUCGUUAUCCAAAUGGAGUCUUUUAAGGGACCAGGGAUUCAAGUGCAGCAAGGGAAGCUCCCUUAUGUGGAUGUUGCCGGAGGAGAAUUGUGGAUUAAUCUUCUGAAGGAGACACUCAAAUAUGGGCUCGCACCCAAAUCCUGGACUGACUAUCUCCACCUCACCGUUGGUGGGACACUGUCGAAUGCCGGAAUAAGCGGGCAGGCGUUCAGGCAUGGCCCGCAGAUCAGCAAUGUCUACCAGCUUGAGAUUGUUACAGGGAAAGGAGAAGUGAUGACCUGCUCUCCAGCUGAAAAUGCUGAUCUCUUUUAUGGUGUUCUUGGGGGGCUUGGUCAGUUUGGAAUCAUCACCAGAGCCAGAAUUGCACUUGAACCAGCACCAAAAAUGGUAAAAUGGGUUAGAGUUCUGUACUCAAACUUCACCACCUUCACCCAGGACCAAGAGAUGUUGAUAGCAGCAGAGAAUACUUUCGACUAUAUCGAAGGCUUUGUGGUAAUAAACCGGACGGGGAUUCUGAAUAACUGGAGAUCUUCCUUCAGCCCACAGGAUCCUGUUCAAGCCAGUCAUUUCACGUCAGAUGGAAAAACUCUCUUCUGUCUUGAGAUGACAAUGAACUUCAAUCCUGAUGAGACUGAAAUCAUGAACAAGGAAAUUUACAUGCUACUGUCCAAACUGAGAUACAUACCUUCUACGUUGUUCCAAUCAGAGGUCACAUAUGUGGAAUUCUUAGACAGAGUACAUGUAUCUGAACUCAAGCUGAGAGCAAAAGGCUUGUGGGAGGUUCCACACCCUUGGUUAAACCUUCUCAUACCAAGAAGUAAAAUCCACAACUUUGCCGAUGGAGUAUUUGGCAAUAUUCUUAGAGACAGCAGCAAUGGUCCCAUUCUCUUAUACCCACUUAACAAAUCCAAGUGGGAUAACAGGACGUCAGUUGUCAUCCCAGAUGAGGAGGUUUUCUACCUGGUUGCUUUCCUUUCAUCAGCUCCAUCUUCAGCAAACCAUGACACUUUAGAGAGUGCAUUAAAACUGAAUGCUGAUAUUUUAGAUUUUUGCAAACAAGCUGAUAUUGGCAUGAAACAAUAUUUGCCUUAUUAUACCAAAGAGGAAGACUGGAGAACGCACUUUGGCUCCAGAUGGAAGGUCUUUGCUCAAAGAAAGCUUGAUUAUGAUCCUCUGGCCAUCCUGGCCCCUGGACAGAGAAUUUUUCGGAAGACAACAUCUAUAUCAUCACAAAAACUUUUGCAAAUGGUUUGAAGCAUAUGUUGUAUAAACAUAAAGAAAAUAUAUUUGUUCAAACGUAUGAGGUCUUCACAGUUUACAGUAAUGACAGCAUCCUGUGGGUAAUGCAGCAAAACAACAGCAGAUUACUAAUUAUUAAUAAUCCCAAUCUCCUAAAAACUAAAAGAAAAUUAUCUAGCCAUUCGAAAUUGUUCAUAUAUAAAUGAUCUUUAAUAAUGAUACAGAAAAUGACCAGAAAUAAUGCAACAAAGCAUAAAGGGAUUUAUUUCAUAUUUAUUGGAAAAAAUUACACUAUUUAGAUGGUCAAAAAAUUGAUGGACAGAGCACCUUCCCUAGAUUGAAUAAAAGAAUUGCAUCCACGAUGUCAAAAUGUGCAAUGACAGCUGAAGGCAAAGUUUAUUCUAUGAAGCCUAAUAUUUUGCCGAAUGCACGAGUCAAAGUUCAGUUACAAGUUCUCACAAAAUUGCUGUAUAAGAGGAAACAUUACCAUAUAUAUAUAUAUGUAUAGACAAUAACGGAAAGGUUUAGGCAAAUCAUCAGUCCUAGAAAUAUGUCACUGAUCUAAAUCUUCAUUUCCGUUAAUGCUGGUCAACACAAGCCUGCAUCCUUGGUCAUUCACAUGACCUUAAAGUUACUCUAGUGGCUCUUUAGGAUCUCAUAUUAACAAAGGGAAUCCUCCAUAAAAUUGAAGGAAACAGGGAACCUGUUUAUAUUUUGUGUUAUUAUGAAACCAUAUAUUGGGACUUUAGACAAUAUCAUUGGUCACCAAUCACCAUUGAAACUUCUGUAUUCCUUUCUUUCAGACAAACCUUGUCAAGAGACUCAGUUACAUCAUGUUCACUUUUCAAGGCACCAAGAUUGUCAUUUGUUGGGUCCUCCGUUCAUUUUUAUUCUGCCCUGCUCUAGUUGUUUCAUUUAACUCAAAGCCAUUGACAUUUUCAUCUAAAUGAUGAACUUCAAAGAUAAUGUCCAACUAGCAGCAAUAGUGAAAGCGAAAUUUGGGAAUGCAGAAAAUGGGGAAUGCACAAGAGUUUCAUCAACCAAGAGGAGCAAGAUUAGACAUCAAAAGUCGCUGGUAUAUUCAGAAAACAGGAAGGCCACUAGCUUAUAACAUUGCUGGAGGCAAUGAGGACCUAGAUUCCAGCCUAGCAUGAGGCUUCACUGGCAAAUAGUGAUCCUUUUCUACCGUUGAAGUUUAAGUUUGAACAUCAGAGGACUAAAGUUCAACCUGAAAAUUAAAUUUGCCCCAUAAAGUCUAAGCAGAUUAUGAGAGAGCAAUAACAUGAUGUAUUUCAAAUCUAUUUUCUGCACAUCUGUGCCGCUAGCAAAGCAGGUAGACAUGAAAUAAGUCAAUAGGAAAGACCAAUGAUAGUGAUGUUAACUGUAUAAUGUAUGCUGAUGAACCACAAG